GUCCUGGAUCAGGAGAAUCUGGUCAGGCUGAAACAGUGACAACAGGCUGAAGGGAAACCAGAAGAACCAGAGCAAAGGUUGGGCAGGCAGGGGAUGAUGAUGAUGAUGAUGAUGAUGCCAAAGACAUGAAGGUCCAGCAGCUGAACCAAUGAGUGACGAUCUUGAGCUUUAACCAUCAGAGCUGAAGAAGGGACCCCCCCCCCCCAGCAGAACCAAAGUAAUCUCACACCAAAGUGGCGAGACCUAAACCUAAAGACCAAAGUCUGAAUCUAUCAUCCAAAAACCAACAGUCCUGUGGAACAUGAAGCUGGAGAGCACAUCGUCAGACGUGAGUUCCUGGAGGGAUGCGGACUUUGCCCUCAACUGCACCUACAUCGUUCCGGACCAGGUGUCGGACCCAAGCUUCAGUCUGCCCAAAGCAAUGACCUCCAUACCCAGAAACCUCACCUUCCACUACGGGGAGGACAACGAGGUGACCGGUGUGUUCAGCAAGGAGUACAUUCCUCAGGGAACCCGCUUCGGUCCCCUGCGAGGAGACAUCUACACCAAAGACAGCGUCCCCAAAGAGGCCAACAGGAAGUACUUCUGGAGGAUUUACAGCGGUGGACAACUUCAGCACUUCAUCGAUGGGUACGAUGUCCACAAGAGCAACUGGAUGCGUUACGUGAACCCGGCGCGCUGCCUGGCCGAGCAGAACCUGGUGGCCUGCCAGAACGGACGGGACGUCUACUUCUACACCAUCCGGCCGGUGGAGCCCAAGCAGGAGCUGCUGGUGUGGUACAGUCAGGAGUUCGCUCAGAGGCUCUGCAGCCCGCAGGAUCACCACCUCCCACACAGUGCGCUUGUUGUUACAGAACAUGGUGAUGAAGAGCAGACCAGGCAUCCUCUACCUCAGCAGACGUUUCUCCAGGACCGGACCAAAGAGGAGGUGAAGGAGCAGCUUGAAGAGGAGGGUGAGGAGAAGAUUGACGUGGAGAUGUUGGAGAGAGACACGCCUCCUGAUACGCCUGACGAGCAGAUCGUGGACUUCAGCAGAAAGAUGGAGAAGAGUGAAGAUCCAGAAGGCCUCAUCCCCUCCCCUCAGCCUGAGCGCAGGGAGGCCCCCCUAUGCUUCAACCACCCGUACCUCACAGACCAUCACCCCUCCCCCCCGGCUCCCCCGCACAGAGGCCUCCCCCUGCACCUCCAUGGUCUCUAUAGCCAUAGGGAGGGCCUGGUCUCCUCUUACCCCAUUUACUCCAACCCCAGACAGCUUCAGCCACCCUACCAGUUCCUUCCUCCCUACGGCCCCCACUAUCCUCGGAUCCUCCUGCCUCCUUACUCCCCCCCCUUCCCCAGCGUCCUCCCUUCACGAGGAUCCCUCCGGUACAGCAGCUACCUGGGGGCAGACGGAGUCCCAUACCCUCCCUUUGCUCCUCCAAACCUGCUCCCUGUGUCCCUCCCCUACGCCCCGCCCUCCCAGGGGGGCCUCAAAGAAUUAACCCCAAAUAUUUCCCCACCAAGAGGUGCUCCUGCCACCCCGGAGAUGUCUCCCCCUGCCAAGCUUGACAGCCACCCCCCCACCCCUGAGCAGCCUCCCUCUACCUGCGAGGAGGCCAUGAACCUUAGCCUGGCUGUUGGGAAGAGCAGCUCCUCUCCUCGGAACGGACCUGGACACAAAUCGCUGCCGUACCCGCUGAAGAAGCAGAACGGAAAGAUCAAGUAUGAAUGCAACAUCUGCUCCAAAACCUUCGGACAGCUCUCCAACCUCAAGGUCCAUCUGCGGGUGCACAGCGGCGAGAGGCCGUUCCAGUGUCACUUAUGUAAGAAGAGCUUCACUCAGCUGGCUCACCUUCAGAAACAUCACCUGGUCCACACUGGAGAGAAACCGCAUGAAUGUCAGGUGUGUCACAAACGCUUCAGCAGCACCAGCAACCUGAAGACGCAUCUGCGCCUUCACUCAGGGGAAAAACCGUACCAGUGCAAACUGUGCCACAUGAAGUUCACCCAGUACAUCCACCUGAAGCUGCACCGCCGCCUCCACAGCAGCCGCGAGCGGCCCUACCGCUGCACGCUCUGCUCACACACCUUCUUCCACCGCUUCAGCCUCUUCCUCCACCAGCGCAGCUGCUGCCCGGCCACCGCCGCAGCUCCCGUCAACAUGCACAUGAAGGAAAUGGUGGAGCGCUUCGACGCCAGCCAGGAGGCGGACGCGCUGAUGGAAACAGCCGCCGCCGCUCAGGUGAGGGAGGCUGUGGAGCGUUGGCUGACUCGUACGCUGGAAGGAGAGGAGAAGGAGGACCAGAGAGAGGCUACGGCGCUACUGAAAGCCCUGACCGCCGCCAUCAAUGCACCUAUGGCUCCAUCUGCUGUACCUGCAUCCCACCACAGCCCCCCGCUGGGCUUCCAGGAGCGGGCCUCGGUGGUCCACCUCCACCAGCGACCCACUGUGAAAACGGAGGGACAGUGAGGACCAGCUCCAGGCGGAGAGACGUUAAUUAUCACCAAAUAAAGGGUUUAGCCAAAUGUAGUUCCUGAUUGUGGGAACGUUGUGAUCCAAUGAGCGAAGCACCAAAACCAGAGCAUCCCAAAGAGAUUGAUCCUCGUCCCAGAGCCGACGUUAAACUGUGAAGUAUUUACAAACUUUCACUCAGGUAGAACAUGUUUGCUUUCUGUGCUUUAACUUAUUUCAUUUCUUCAUAUUUAUUUAGAUGACACUUUGUUUUUUAGUUAGUUUAUUCCAUCCGCUUGUUGAGAGAUUUGUUAACUUUAAAAGCUGACUCAGCAUUUAAGCCACAACGGGUUCAUUAUUUAUUUCUUAACGUUGAAGUGGAAACGUCUUUGCCAAAAUAUCAACGUGUGUUUUCAUUAUUCAGACAAAGCAUUGCUGACCUUCCAGCUGAUUCCUACUGAUUCCCACUGAUUCCUACUGAUUCCCACUGAUUCCUACUGAUUCCCACUGAUUCCUACUGAUUCC